ACCCGUCUCGAUUAGGGUUAUAAUUAAAAUCCAUCUACACCGUCGAAGCGAUACGCGCCCGAAUCACAGCCCUUAUUUGGACGUCUCCGUCUCUGUAAAUCCCGGCGAAGAUCGACGCCUAUUUCGCAGCCGCGAUCGCGUCGCCGCCUUCUUUCCUGUCGUCCUUUCUGUUGGCCUCCCUCCCGUGCCUCCGCCUCCGCCUCCGCCUCUGGUCGGGGACUUCGCUCAGCCUCCUGGUUCUGGUUAUCUGAUGGCUGGCGGUAACUUCUUGGGAAGAGUCAUCAGCUACGUCGUCAACGAGGUGGUCGUCGAAGGCCUCGCUAACAACCGUGCCUUUCAAAGGUUUGCCGUGAGAACUUCUAAAGCUAUAGAAGAUGUUUCUACUAAAGCUGCUCAGGCAAGAGAACGACUUGUUGCGCAACUGAAGGAUGCCACAAAAGAUGAUGAUUCCUUCAGGAGGCCUUGAAUACUUGAGAAGGUUCUUGUUAGAUCCAUGAAGUCAUAUUGUGAAGCUGUGUUAUGCCAGUAGACCAUGAUUUGUGCAGCCGCAGAAAGAAAUGCUUGUGGUGCUAUACCUGCUCGAUAGUUUUGUUCGUGAUGUAUCAACGGUCUCUUUACUGUAAUAGGUGCAAUAAAGUGUCAGAAAUUGAUGUAGUAAUACAAGUUAUUUUGCAACAUAAGAUGGUGGCAAUGAAAUUGCUACCAUGUGUUAUUCUUUUUCUUUUUUUUUUUUUUCUUUUUGUACCUCUAUUCCUUUCUGUGUUGAUUUUAACCUUGCACGUCGACCAGUUGCUGUGGCAAUGAAAUUAAGAUAUCAUGAUUAUAUAAUCA